ACAGAGGGACAGGAAGGCUCACUCGGGACGGGCAAGCUGGGGAGGUAGAUUGGCAAGCGGUAGACAGUGAUGACGGGCAUCCGGACGAAGGGACGCGUAAGCAUUUCUACGUUACGAACGAGUCUUGGCUUGUCAAUACCACUCGAUGUCCGUUCUUCGCACCCAAAGGAUGCCCUGAUCAACUCGUCUGCUCUGAAGAUCGCCGGCUUGGGCGCCAUGACUGCCGAGGCUAAGAAUGCUUCUGCUGCUGCCAAGGACGUGGCCGAAGCCGGAGUCAAAGCUGUUGUCCAUCAGGCCAAGUCGAAGAUCGCAGCUCCACCCGCCGUAGCGCACGUGGCUCCCGUUGCGCCUGGCGUUGCAGAACCAACCGAGCCCGUGGUCCCUGCCGUUACAAAGGUGAAGAUUGUUAAGACGCCGCCAGCCAUCACUGCCCGCCCCGUUCCGGCUCACCCAUGGGCGAUGACCGAAUCCCUGCCCGCUGGUUGGGAUGACUUCAUGAAGUACAAACACCCAAUCUUCGGAUACGGAUUCACCAGGAGCGCCAUCGAGCUGCGCAAGCAUCCCCCCUUGACCAACGCUGCUCUGGAUCCGGCAGUUGGAAUGAACCCGCAGGUGUUGAAAAGCAUCUCCGAGUACGUGACCAUCUACGACGUCGAGCGUUGCGUCCUGCGAGUCGUCUGCGAGGUGGCUGCCCUGCCUAGCCUGGCCGGGCCCCAGGGCAAGAAUGUGGCAGAAUUCAUGACAUCGCUGUCUAAGGACGACUCUGUCACCCCCUGGAUUCCGUACCGCGACGCUGCUGUCACCGGACAGGUGUCCGCUAACCGUAAAGAGUGCCAGGAGCGCUACCCGACGUGCUCCCAGUCCACCGAGGCACUCGUCGAAAUGGCACGAACAAGGAUCGCCCAGUCUUCCGAGUCUGUGACCGGGGCCGCAACGAGGGUGCAAACAGUCGACAACUAGUCGCUACAUAUUGAAAUAACAAGCCGCCGUCACGGGCGCUAAGCGUCUGCUGACUGCUGCCACCAGCAGUACAUCACCAGAUCCAUCCAUGUCCGCACCAAGUGCAUGCAAUAUUCGCUGUACAUAGCCAGUAGUGACGUAUAUACUGAAUUAAUGUAAUGUGUAAUUCAUCAUAUAACGUAUAAUGAUUUCAUGUGUAAGCCUUUGUGUCUGCUGAAAUAAACAAAGUACUAUGCGA